CGCUACUACUGGUGCUGCUGCUGCACCUCGGAGCGCAGGAGCAGCAGCCGCAGAAGGGGAGGGCGGCGCCUGGCUGAGCCCUGUGGCUGUGUCCUGCAGGACCCCCGAGGGUGCUGGGGUACGUGCUGGAAGUGGAGAUGGAAGAAGCAGCAAGGAAACAUCGGUUGAAGCAGCAGCUGCAGAGAAUGGCUAUGUGGAGGUCCAAGUGGCCAUCUUGCCGGAGCUUGUACAACGGCAGCAGCAGCAGCUACAGGGGCGCCCAUUGUACGGCACACCGCCGGACCCGCAAGAGGGUGCCGUACGGCAUGAUCUCUCUCCCGCUGUCGUACGGAUUGUAGCCGUUGGCACGUGCGGCGGAGUUGUGCUGGACGAGCUGGUGGAGGUGCCGUACAGCUCGCCGCCGCCAUUUGGUGACUUCGGUAGCGUUAACGCCGACAGUGGUGACUGUGGUGACAGUGGUGACAGUGGUGACUGUGGCGGGAUUGGCGGUGGCAGCUUUGCAAGCGAGGGUGAUGGCGGCGAUCCAGACGUCCCGAUCUGCUUUGGUUGCGGUAACAGCAGCAGCUGGUUCAUCUUCCAGAUCCGUCUGCCUCGCCCAGUCCACCCGGGCGUCGUGUACCUUCACCUCCUGCCCUCGCCGGGCGCCGACAACACCGCCACCGCUCCUGUCUCCGCCGCCACCGCUGCUUCUUCCUGCGGCCGUGACAACGUCUCCCACCACCCCACAGCGCCGUCCCCGCCCGCUGGCGACGCUGCCGCUGCUGGUGCUGCCGUCGACGGCGGCAGCCGAAGAGAUUUGCGGCCUGUACGACAACAUGACGUCAGAGCUACAGCGCCUUUGGUUGCUAAUGCGUACGAAUGACGGCGGCAGCGACGAAGACGGCGACAGUGCUCUUCCGUCGUACGGCGACGCAGGUACGGCCCGCGCCGUCGCCUUCCAAGACCACUUCCUGCCAUUCGCAAACGACGCCGCCCACCUCAUCACCAGCUGCCAUGCUCUCGUACAAGGGCGCAGCGCGGCCACGGUAACAUACUCUGGCAGUAGCGCUGGCGGCGGCGGAGGAGGC